AUCAAGAAGCUGUUUCCUAAUCUUUUCGGCCAGCCCUCCGCCACGCUAGUUCCGACGGGUUCCGCUCCUUCGGAGAUGGCUGGGAGUCUUAAGGUCGGAGUGGUGCUCUCUGGAGGCCAGGCUCCCGGUGGGCACAAUGUCAUCUCUGGGAUCUUUGAUUACUUGCAGGAUCGAGCCAAGGGGAGCACGCUGUACGGAUUCAAGGGAGGUCCAGCAGGGAUCAUGAAAUGCAAAUACAUGGAGCUCACUUCAGAGUACAUCUAUCCUUAUAGAAAUCAGGGUGGAUUUGAUAUGAUCUGCAGUGGAAGGGACAAAAUUGAAACUCCAGAACAGUUUAAGCAAGCUGAAGAGACAGCCUUGAAACUUGAUUUGGAUGGACUUGUUGUGAUUGCUGAUACUUCUACUCGUAGAGAUGAUGAUGCCGUCGACCUUUGAGACCUCGUAGACUGU